AGUGUGGGCUUGGCCGGCGCGGGGACACGACGUGUGUGACAAACGAACAAUUUUUUUUUUGUAGAAAUUAAAUGUCGAAGUGCCUAACAGUUAUUAGUGGAAUUUUUAUUUAAGCUUAAAACAACAUUUUGGUGUAUUCAGUUUGUGAUAGAGACUAAAGUGUUUGAAAAGGAACUUUAUUCAAGUGUAACAUAGUAGACAUUGGUAAAACACAUUUAUAUUCAUACAGUGUGAUGUCAUUGCAAUAAAUAAACAACUGGAUCCAGUUUCUGAAGCAGACAAAGCGAGCUGUUUGUAGGAAAAGAUAGAAAAAAUAGAGUAGAAACGAAAAAAAUCCGGUUGUAAGCGGUUUUUGCAAGGGUUUAUUGGUUAAAGAAUUAAAGGUGAUCACCGGUGACGACAUAACUGCGUCAGUGAUGGUGAUGGCCAGUGGGGGAGGUGGUGGACUGGUCCAGUCCCCACCCGACAUGAUGCACCAUCACAAUAUCAUGGACACCUCAUCACACGUCGAAAUGAUGCCCAAAAAGCUACGGCUAUCCCUGUGCGUGGGUUGCGGUGGUCAGAUCCAUGACCAGUACAUCCUGAGGGUGGCUCCGGACCUGGAGUGGCACGCAGCCUGCCUCAAGUGUCAGGAGUGUCGCCAGUUCCUGGAUGAAUCCUGCACCUGCUUCGUUAGGGACGGGAAGACAUAUUGCAAAAGAGAUUAUACUAGGUUAUUUGGUACAAAAUGCGAUAAAUGCGGCUCGUCGUUUAGCAAGAAUGACUUCGUGAUGCGAGCCAAAACAAAGAUCUACCACAUCGACUGUUUUAGGUGUUGCGCGUGCGCUAGACAACUUAUACCUGGUGACGAAUUUGCGUUGCGAGAAGGUGGAGCAUUGUACUGCAGAGAAGACCACGACGUUUUAGAAAAGAGCGCGACUGCUAGCAGUGGCACGAGUGGCAACGCAGAGAGCAACAACAACACAACAUUAAGCAACAACAACUCGCAUCAUCCACAUGAACUCGGAUCUAUGUCUGAUUCGGGUAGUGAGUCAGGAUCGCAUAAGAGUGGGCGCGCGCGUACCACUGCAGCAGCCGAUGGGAAACCAACGCGAGUGCGCACCGUGUUGAAUGAAAAACAGUUACAUACGUUAAGAACUUGUUACGCCGCCAACCCUCGCCCUGACGCGCUGAUGAAGGAACAGCUGGUGGAGAUGACAGGCCUAAGCCCACGGGUCAUCAGAGUCUGGUUCCAGAACAAACGAUGCAAAGACAAAAAGAAAACUAUGCAGCUCAAGAUGCAAAUGCAACAAGAAAAGGAAGGCCGACGUCUCGGGUACAUGUCCAUGGGAGUACCAUUGGUAGCCGGGUCUCCGGUGCGGCACGAGCCAGCUGGAUCACUGGCUCUGGAGGUGACAGCCUAUCAGCCACCCUGGAAGGCUCUAUCUGACUUCGCGCUCCAUGCUGACCUGGACAGGGCACCGCAACACAGUGCGGCGUUCCAACAGCUGGUCAACCAGAUGCACGGGUAUGACAUACCAAACCUGCCACCGCCGCGCGCGCCGCACGAGGACAACUACGUGACCUACCUAGAGAGUGAUGACUCUCUCCCCCCCUCCCCCUAGUGCCGUGUCACAUAAACGAAGCACUAAAAAAGUGCUUAAAACAUUCAAUACUAAAAAGCCAUUGUUCUAUCUUCUACGGUGUUUUGU